GAGAUCUGAUGUUGAAGGGAUGCUGGCAGAAGGGGAACAAUCAGAAGUGUCACCAAAAGGAUCCAAAGAGGAGGAGGAGCAAAGGAAGCUGAGGGUUCAAGAUGGAGGCAGCAGACGAGAGGGGAGACGAAAGCAGAAGCCGGAAGGUGAUUCUGGUACGUCUCAGGGUGGUGAAAAUCAAAUUCGCAGAGAGCAGAAAAAGCAUGAACGUACAGUGUGUGGAAAGAGAUUUGGUCAUCGCUCAACUCUUACUAUACAUCAAAGAGUACACACAGGAGAGAAACCGUAUACAUGUUCAGAGUGUGGAAAGAGCUUCAGUCACAGUAGCUCCCUUACCUCGCAUCAACAAACUCAUGCCUUGGAGAAACCGUAUAAAUGUUCCAAGUGUGGAAAGAGGUUCAUUCAUAUCCAGAGCCUUACGUCACAUCACCGAACUCAUACAUGGAAGAAACCGCAUAUGUGUUUGGAAUGUGGAAAGAGCUUCUGGCACUGUAGCCACCUUAAGUCACAUCAACGAACUCAUACAGGUGAGAAACCGCAUAUGUGUUUGGAGUGUGGAAAGAGCUUCAGUCAAAGUUGGACCCUUACCUUGCAUCAAAGAACUCAUACCGGGGAGAAACCUUAUAAAUGUUUUGAAUGUCAAAAGAGCUUCAGUCACAGUUGUUCCCUUAUCUUGCAUCUACGAACUCAUACAGGGGAGAGACCGUAUACAUGUUCAGUGUGUGGAAGGGGCUUCAGUCACAGUGGUACCCUUACUAAGCACCGAAUAACUCAUACAGGGGAGAAACCAUAUACAUGUUCAGAGUGUGGAAGGAGCUUCGGUACGAAUGGUAGCCUUACGUCGCAUAAAAGAUCUCAUACAGGAGAGAAACCGUAUACAUGUUCAGAGUGUGGAAGGAGCUUCAGUCACAGUGGCCACUUUAAGUCGCAUCAACGAAUUCAUACAGGGGAGAAACCGCAUACGUGUUUGGAGUGUGGAAAGAGCUUCACUCGCAGCAAUGCGCUUACAAGACAUCAACAAACUCAUCAAGGGGAGAAACGAUAUACAUGUUUGGAGUGUGGAAAGAGUUUCAGCCACAAUUGCAGCCUUACCUUGCAUCAAAGAUUGCACACAGGAGAGAAACCUUAUAAAUGUUUGGAGUGUGGAAGGAGCUUCUGCCGCGGUAGCCAACUCACGUUGCAUCAAAGAACACAUACAGGAGAGAAACCGUAUAUAUGUUCGCAGUGUGGAAGGAGCUUCAGGUGCAGCAGCUCCCUUACGUUGCAUCAAAGAACUCAUACAGGGGAGAAACCCUAUACAUGUUCAGAGUGUGGCAGGAGCUUCUCUCAGAGGAAAGGCCUUAUCCGACACCAGAGAAUCCACACCGGGGAGAAACCCUAUACCUGUUUGGAGUGCGGGAAGAGCUUCCGCCAGAGCGCGGCCCUGAUCACUCACCAGCGUAUCCACACAGGGGAGAAGCCGUACACUUGCUUGGAGUGCGGGAAGAGCUUCUGUCAGAAGACGACGUUGGUGAGGCACCAGCGGAUCCACACAGGGGAGAAGCCGUACGCCUGCUCGGAGUGCGGGAAGAGUUUCAGUCACAGGUCCCAGCUCACCUCCCACCUGAGAGUCCACACUGGGGAGAAGCCGUAUAAAUGCCUGGAAUGUGGAAAGAGUUUCAGUCAGAACACAAACCUCACUUUACAUCAGAGAACUCACACGGGGGAGAAGCCGUUUCGGUGCUUGGAGUGCGGAAGGAGCUUCAGUCACAGCUCGACCCUUAUGGCGCACCAGAGAACUCACACAGGGGAGAAGCCCUUUACGUGCCUGGAGUGCGGCCAGAGCUUUGCUCAGAACGCCAGCCUUAUCUUUCAUCAGAGAACUCACACAGGCGAGAAGCCGUACACCUGCCCCGAGUGCAGGAAGAGCUUCAGCACAAGCACCAGCCUCACCUCGCACCGGCGCAUUCACACAGGGGAGAAGCCGUACACCUGCUCCGAGUGCGGGAAGAGCUUUUGCACGAGCACAAACCUUGUUACACAUCAGAGAAUCCACACGGGGGAGAAGCCGUACAGGUGCUCGGAGUGCGGAGAAAACUUUCGUAAGAAAGCGCAUCUCCUUCGACAUCACAUGACGCACACAGGGGAGAAGCCGUACAAAUGCGCAGAGUGUGGGAAGAGCUUCAGCGAGAAAAGAAAUCUCAUUUCUCAUCAAAGGAUCCACUCUGAGUGUUGGAACGAGGAUCCUGUAAGCAGUCGUUGGAUUCCUCCCUCUGUAGGUCCAGGAUAUGUCCCCCUUUCCCAGGAUCCCAGUACUUUCCAGAGCCCUCUCAGUCAUAAUUCCAACCCAGGAGAAAGAUUGGAGUGUUUCAGUUUUUUUUCUAAAUGAGUAGAUUGCAGUUGGUCCAGCCUUGAUUGGAUGCAAAUGAUAGGCACAGAUAGGUU